GCCGCGACGGUGGUGGCGGCGGCAGCGCGGGCCGGGAAACUUUGCCCCUUUGUGCGCUCCGCCCCGGAGGCGGCGGGCAGGCAGCGCUGCCUUCUUCAUCAUCCUGACCCCCGGAGGACAGUUACGAGGAGGAGAAACUCCUUGCCCUGCCCAGCCCCCACCACACACCCACCUGCUCACCUCAUGCCUGGGUCCAGGGUGGGUGAGGGUGAAGAACCCACCCAGCCAAGAUGAUCCCUUCUUUGGGGACCGCUGCUGGUGUCCUGCCCCAGAUCCUGGGCCCCAGCAGAUGGGAGAGUGGCCCCCAGCUGAGCCCUAUCAGACUGCUGCAGAGGAGGUGAAGAGGGGUUGAGAAGAGGCGCCCAUCCUGGAGACUGGAGCUACUUGCCUUCACCCUUGUACACUCUUGACUGUUUUAGGAAAGAAGGACCUGGUGGUGGCCUUUGCAGGCAGGCAGGAAGCUGGACCGUGGCUUUACUCCGGCACCUAUGCCCUUGCCUCUGGCAGCGUCAUGAGCCAGUUUCAGGUGCCCCUGGCAGUCCAGCCGGACCUGCCAGGCCUUUAUGACUUCCCUCAGGGCCAGGUGAUGGUAGGGGGUUUCCAGGGGCCUGGGCUCCCAAUGUCCGGGAGUGAACCCCAACUCCGAGGGGGUGGAGAUGGGCGAAAGAAACGAAAACGGUGUGGUACUUGUGAGCCGUGCCGGCGGCUGGAAAACUGCGGGGCUUGCACCAGCUGCACCAACCGCCGCACGCACCAGAUCUGCAAGCUGCGCAAGUGUGAGGUGCUGAAGAAAAAAGUGGGGCUUCUCAAGGAGGUGGAAAUAAAGGCUGGUGAAGGACAUGCGUGCAGCUUCUGA